AGAGGGGCAGAGAGAGGGGCAGAGAGAGUGGUGGCUCCCCUGUUGCUCUUUUCAUAAGUGUCUCUUGGAGUCUAUGAAUCUAUGAAGUGUCUGUGCUCAGACCAGCUCAGGCUGAGCUGCACUGUACUGGGCUGUACUUUACUGGGCUGUACUGGGCUAUACUUUACUGGGCUGUACUGGGAUGUACUAGACUGUACUGGGCUGUACUGGGUUAAGGUAGAGCACAGUAUUGCAGCAGCAGAAACAGCAGCUCUAUAAUGUUGAAGGUGGAGGCAGUAGUUAUAUAGCAGAAUUGCUGGACUGACUGGACUGACUAGACGGUGGAAUAGAGGCAGUGGAAUGAAUGAGGAGAGUUAUCCAACACAGAAGAACUCACGCUAGGAAGGGAGAACCCCAGACAUCUCCAGCCAAAGGUACAGUAGCGAUCCCUGUGGCUUUCUCUGAAGUAUCUCUGUCACACACAUACUGAGAGGGAGUGAGCCAGCUGAGUGCAGCCACAAGACAUGGCAAUGAGGAGAAACUAGAUACAAGGAGAAAUUGGCUGGUCCCCUGUGAGUCCUGAGUGGUGUAGAGAUGGACAGCUACUCCUUCCUCCGCAGCAGCGCUCCUCGCGUCUUCUCUCUGCGCCACCGUGACGGAACCCCGAACCACGUGGAGAUCUUCGACAUCACCAACAUCCCCAGCCAACGCUCAGCCAUCUCUGAGACCACCUGCCUCUGUGACAUCUUUGGGGACGACUGUGAGUCACUCUCCAGUAGCCCAGCUACAGGGGCCUUCGUCCACCCUCCCGUCCCCCCACCCAGGAGGGAGGCAGCAGGGCCAGGGCAGAGCUCAGAGUUGCCCCCAGUGUUGCCCUGCGUGGUGGAUGAGCUGAACGACUCGACAAGUUCUUACCACACAGCACCAGAGAGAUUUGAGGAUUCUUCAGAGAAGCUCAGUCCUCCAACGCAGAGGGAGAAUAAUUAUAAUUUAUCUGAAGGCUGGGAGUCAGGAGCAUUAGCUACUGCACUAAACAACUCAUCAUCAUCGUGGACAUCUAAGAACAUCAGUCCAAGACUAGAACAAGGAAACACAGCUCCAACACCUGGAUGGAGGACAGAUGACUCCUCACCUGAGGUGCCUAGCCUUACCUUUAAUACUACAACACCUUCACCUGGCUACAGUAGUACUACAACACCUUCACCUGGCUACAGCAAUACUACAACACCUUCACCUGGCUACAGUAAUACUACAACACCUUCACCUGGCUACAGUAAUACUACAACACCUUCACCUGGCUACAGUAAUACUACAACACCUUCACCUGGCUACAGUAACACUACAACACCUUCACCUGGCUACAGUAAUACUACAACACCUUCACCUGGCUACAGUAACACUACAACACCUUCACCUGGCUACAGUAAUACUACAACACCUUCACCUGGCUACAGUAAUACUACAACACCUUCACCUGGCUACAGUAAUACUACAACACCUUCACCUGGCUACAGUAACACUACAACACCUUCACCUGGCUACAGUAAUACUACAACACCUUCACCUGGCUACAGUAAUACUACAACACCUUCACCUGGCUACAGUAAUACUACAACACCUUCACCUGGCUACAGCAAUACUACAACACCUUCACCUGGCUACAGUAACACCACAACACCUUCACCUGGCUACAGUAAUACUACAACACCUUCACCUGGCUACAGUAACACCACAACACCUUCACCUGGCUACAGUAACACCACAACACCUUCACCUGGCUACAGUAACACCACAACACCUUCACCUGGCUACAGUAACACCACAACACCUUCACCUGGCUACAGUAACACCACAACACCUUCACCUGGCUACAGUAACACCACAACACCUUCACCUGGCUACAGUAACACCACAACACCUUCACCUGGCUACAGUAACACCACAACACCUUCCCUGGCUACAGCCAGAGACAGAGCUGUCUCACAUGGGGUCAGAGUGCCAACUUUUUCACCUGAUUACAUAGUGUCAUUUGAACCUAGGGUUAGAGCCAUAACACCUAAGUUAGAGAACUCUGUCAGUACACCUGAGUUAAAGGACUGCGUCAGUACACCUGAGUUAGUGGACUCCAUCAGUACACCUGACAUAGAGGACAAUGUCAGUACAGCUAAAUUAGAGGACUCUGUUAGUACACCUGAGUUAAAGGACUCCGUCAGUACACCUGAGGUAGUGGACUCCAUCAGUACACCUGAGUUAGUGGACUCCAUCAGUACACCUGAGUUAGUGGACUCCAUCAGUACACCUGAGUUAGUGGACUCCAUCAGUACACCUGAGUUAGUGGACUCCAUCAGUACACCUGAGUUAGUGGAUUCCAUCAGUACACCUGAGUUAGUGGAUUCCAUCAGUACACCUGUGCUGAUACCUCACCUGUCCCCUGCAGAGAGAGACCUGAGCUCCUCAGAGGAAGCCCAGAGCACCAUCUCAACACCUGCCCCCAGGUACACCCCUCCUACACCUGUCACCUCCUCACCUGAGCUCAGGACUACCAGUACCACACCUGAACUCAUAUCAGCUAGAAUCACACUUGAAUUGAGAUCAACCAGUGUAACACCUGAACUCAGUCUGCUCUGUGUCCCAACUGAACUCAGUCUGCUCAGUGUCCCAACUGAACUCAGUCUGCUCAGUGUCCCAACUGAACUCAGUCUGCUCAGUGUCCCAACUGAACUCAGUCUGCUCAGUGUCCCAACUGAACUCAGGUCAGCCAGUGUAACACCUGAACUCAGUCUGCUCAGUGUCCCAACUGAACUCAGUCUGCUCAGUGUCCCAACUGAACUCAGUCUGCUCAGUGUCCCAACUGAACUCAGUCUGCUCAGUGUCCCAACUGAACUCAGUCUGCUCAGUGUAACACCUGAACUCAGUCUGCUCAGUGUAACACCUGAACUCAGUCUGCUCAGUGUCCCAACUGAACUCAGGUCAGCCAGUGUAACACCUGAACUCAGUCUGCUCAGUGUCCCACCUGAACUCAGGUCAGCCAGUGUCACAACUGAAGUCAGUUUAGCUAGUAUCACAUCUAGUUCUGAACUACUCGGGUCAACGAGUCUCACACCUGAUUUGAAAUCAGAUCCAUCCUCCUCAACUAGCUCAUACCACUCAGGUUCCUCCUCAUCCUCAGACACCUGGACAAAAACGUCCUCAAGAACCCCCUCACCUGAAACAAGGUACUAUAGAACCCUAUCAAGAACCCCCUCACCUGAAACAAGGUACUAUAGAACCCUAUCAAGAACCCCCUCACCUGAAACAAGGUACUAUAGAACCCUAUCAAGAACCCCCUCACCUGAAACAAGGUACUAUAGAACCCUAUCAAGAACCCCCUCACCUGAAAUAAGGUACUAUAGAACCCCAUCAAGAACCCCCUCACCUGAAAUACGCUAUGAUAGGACCCUAUCAAGAACCCCCUCACCUGAAGUAAGGUAUGCCAGCCCCCCUAUAAAACCCAAGAGCUCAGCGCAGUCACCUGCGAUCAGAAUCACUUCCUCCACACCUGAGAUCGAGAGAAGAGACCUCACACCUGAGGUAUCUGGACAGGUAAAGGACAAGUCCCUGGACCCUCGGUUCAAGUCCUCCUCCACCCAGGUCUCAGGUAUCACCUACUCCAUCCUCUCCCCAGAAGCCAGGGUAUUGGUGUCAACACCUGAGAUCAAUGGUCUCCUCUCCUCAGCUGAGCCACAAGGCAGAACACACCUGUCACCUGAGAGGAAGAACACCACCCCUACCGAAGUGAACAGAUGGAACAGUCUCUCACCUGACUCCAUAGGUAGAGGCUCCUCACCUGGAAGCAGAGGUACCAACUCCUCACCUGAGAUUACAGGGAUAUACAGCUCUAUCGUACAUCCUCCUGAGACUAGAGAAAUAGCUGCAUCACCACAGCCACCCAGAUAUAAAAACCUCUCACCUGAGUAUAAAACCCCUUCACCUCUGCCCGGGUACACAGCCCCCUCACCUGGAGUGGAAGCUGCUCGCUCCUCAUCUGAGCUAAACACUUCAGCCGACUCACCUGGAGUAAAGAGUCCUGGCCCCUCACCUGAAUGCAGGUCUUCACCUGGAGUAAAGAGUCCUGGCCCCUCACCUGAAUGCAGGGCUUCACCUGGAGUAAAGAGUCCUGGCCCCUCACCUGAAUGCAGGUCUUCACCUGGAGUAAAGAGUCCUGGCCCCUCACCUGAAUGCAGGGCUUCACCUGGAGUAAAGAGUCCUGGCCCCUCACCUGAAUGCAGGGCUUCACCUGGAGUAAAGAGUCCUGGCCCCUCACCUGAAUGCAGGGCUUCACCUGGAGUAAAGAGUCCUGGCCCCUCACCUGAAUGCAGGGCUUCACCUGGAGUAAAGAGUCCUGGCCCCUCACCUGAAUGCAGGGCUUCACCUGGAGUAAAGAGUCCUGCCCACUCACCUGAACGCAGGGCUUCACCUGGAGUAAAGAGUCCUGGCCCCUCACCUGAAUGCAGGUCUUCACCUGGAGUAAAGAGUCCUGGCCCCUCACCUGAAUGCAGGGCUUCACCUGGAGUAAAGAGUCCUGGCCCCUCACCUGAAUGCAGGGCUUCACCUGGAGUAAAGAGUCCUGGCCCCUCACCUGAAUGCAGGUCUUCACCUGGAGUAAAGAGUCCUGGCCCCUCACCUGAAUGCAGGGCUUCACCUGGAGUAAAAGUCCUGGCCCCUCACCUGAAUGCAGGGCUUCACCUGGUAAAGUAA